AUGGCAAAAGAAGAAACGAGGAGGAUCGUGAUUUUAGGAAGAACUGGAUCAGGAAAAAGCAACAUGGGAAAUACAAUUUUGGGAGAAAGCAAGUUUCAGGUCAACUCUUCUUCAAACUCUGGGACAAAAACCUGUCAGGUUUUCACCCAAAAUGUCUGUGGAAGAAAAGUUCACCUGAUCGAUACACCAGGUUUAUUUGACACAGACCCAGAGAGCAGCGACCUGAGCCCUGAGAUCCUGAAGUGUAUAGAGAAAUGUGCCCCUGGACCUCACGCUUUUCUGCUGGUGCUCAAAGUGGAGAAGUUCACCAAACAGGAGCAGGAUGUGGUGGAUCUGAUACUCCAGUACUUCUCUGAGGAGGCUCUCAAAUACACCACAGUUGUCUUCACUCACGGUGACCAACUAGACAAGGGGGUUACUAUAAAAGAAUGGGCCAAAGAUAAUGCAGCCCUGAGCAAGCUGAUUCAGAAAUGUGGAGGUCGAUGUCAUGUGUUUGAUAAUAAAUACUGGAACAACAGUCACGACCCAUACAGGAACAACCAGCACCAGGUCAGGGAGCUGCUCAAGACCAUCGACCAAACUGUGCAGAAGAACGAAGGAACAUGCUACACCAAUGAAAUGCUGAAAAAGGCUACAGCUAAUAAAAGUUUCCUUGUUCCACUUGCAGGUGUUUCCACAGGCAUCCUGUUAGGAGCUUUACUGGGCAUACCUGUUAUGGUGAUGGUGAUUCUUAAUCCUGCUUUAGGAACCGUACUUGGAGGAAGGUCUACACUAACCACUGGUGCUGUCGUGGGGGGUGCUGUGGCUGUUGGGGGUGCAGCGUAUGGAGGAUACAGAGGAUAUAAACUAGCUGAACAGGCAGAAACCCCAAAAGAAGCAGCAGAGGCAGUGUGGGAAGAAGCUAAAGCGCUUCUUUUAAUGUUGGCAUGUUUAUAUAAGAAGUUUGAUUGAAAAACACAUUUGUUCUAUAAAUCUUGCUCACUCCAUGAAGCACUGACUAGUGAAGAAGCUCUCCACAUGUAUUUAAUCAUCACUGUAUCGCACAGUGUUAUUUCAAAGUCUGCAGUGUCAUUUUAGAGGAGACGACA